AUGCCCAUCACGGAAGGCGCACCGAUUCACGGCAACCCCGCUCACCUGCUGCCGCCGUCAUGGAGAAAGUCCAUUGCCCUCUGGCUUGAGGAAGAUACGCCGAGCUUCGAUUAUGGCGGCUUCGUGGUUGGCGAUGGCCCAGCAGAAGCUCGUCUGCUUGCGAAGAGCCCGGGCAUCGUGGCCGGUGUGCCAUUCUUCGACGAGGUGUUCAAGCAGCUCGACUGCACAGUAGAGUGGUUUGUGAAAGAGGGCGAUGAGGUAGGCAAGGAGAAGAAACAGCAUGUCGCAACUGUCAGAGGUCCAGUACGUUGCGUCUUGCUGGGCGAGCGUGUAGCAUUGAACUUGCUCUCAAGAUGCUCAGGCGUGGCAUCAAAGUCACACUCGCUGCUGCAACUUCUUCGGAAAGCUGGAUACAAGAACAUCCUGGCGGGCACGCGCAAGACCACGCCGGGCUUCAGAUUGGUGGAGAAAUAUGGCAUGCUAGUGGGAGGAUGCGACCAGCACAGACACGAUCUCAGCACCAUGACUAUGCUGAAGGACAACCACAUCUGGGCAUGCGGAGGCUCAAUACCGACAGCAGUGGCGGCUGCGAAGGCGGCGGGUGGCUUUGCUGUUAAAGUAGAGGUCGAAUGCCAAUCUGAAGAGGAAGCAAAUACGGCGAUUGAGGCGGGCGCGGAUGUGGUCAUGCUUGACAAUUUCACGCCGGAAGGUGUACGCGUGGCAUCAAAGAACCUCAAGGACAAAUGGGGCAGAGGCGUCAAUGCGCGCGCUCUGGUGGAAGUCUCUGGAGGACUGACUGAGGAGAAUGUGGCGGACUACGUCUGCGACGACAUCGACAUCAUCAGCUCUUCGAGCAUUCAUCAGGGCGUCAAGCAUGUCGACUUUUCUCUAAAGGUCAUUCCAAAAGAAGCCUCAGCGGCUGGGAAGCUGGGCAACGGCGAGUCGGCUGAGACAUGA